AUGGCGAACAUCCUGUUUCUCACGAACAGCGAGUUGGGCCAAUGUAAUGUCGCGUUCGCUAUUGCAGAGGAAUUCUUGCGUCGCGGCGAAUACGGAGUCCAUAUCGGCUCGUACAGCCAGCUUGCGGCCAAUGUCGAGCAGCUGAACCAGCGCAUCGAGACGAGGACCCCGGCGACUUUCCAUGAGAUAUAUGGGCCCUGCAUGACGGAUCUUGCGAUUCGGAGUGACGUCGGUCUGCUCUGUCACCCGCCGGGCGUCGCGGGUGCUAUGAAGGGCUUUAAUAAAAUUAGCACGGCUAUGUCCAGCUGGAAGCAUUCUGAAUAUGCCAAGGCAUAUAGGAGCAUCCUUGCUAUGUUCGAGCGGGUGAAACCUGCGGUGGUUAUUGUUGAUCCCCUCCUCCAUGUCGGUCUAGAUGCUUGCAAGACGGCAAACAUCAAGCCGGCUAUCCUGUGGCCAGUCCCGGUUAAAGAUGUCGUCACGCUGGAGCAGGGAUCUAAGAUAGUUUGGCAUUAUCCAGCUGUCGGGUCAGGUUUCCCUUACCCAUUACCGUUCAAGCUCAUUCCCUCAAACCUCUACUUGAUUUUUCAAAUUGCAAUGACAUUUGCCUCUGGGAAGACACCGCAAGAGGACCCAGGAUCUGAGAAAGACGUGGAAAGGCGCAAUCCAUUCCCUUGGGGAAUGCCUUCACCAAAGAGACAUUGCAAUUCACCCCAUCUUUCCCCGAGAUGGAUUUCCCUUCGAGAGCCUCUGUCAAAAUCGGAUCCCGAAAUGGAAGCAUGGCUGACCAAGCCCACUGUGCUGAUCAGUCUUGGGUCGCACAUGAAGCCAACCCCGGAGAUUGCGGUGCAGAUGGCCAAGGCCGUCAAGAUCGUCCUCGGCAAGCAUCCUGGCAAGCAGGUCUUAUGGAAGCUUCGGUGGGAGUGGGAGGAAUCGAAAGAGUUCCAGGAUAUUCUCGGGCCAGCGGUCGCUGAGGGCAGGGUCUUGAUUACUCCUUGGAUUAAGGCGGACAUUAUGUCGGUUCUGGAAACCGGUCGUAUUGCUGCAUACGUGCACCAUGGUGGUGCUAAUUCAUACCAUGAAGCUUGCAAAGCCGGAACCCCCCAGGUCAUCCUUCCCCAGUGGCUUGAUACGUAUGAUUGCGCGACCCGCGUUGAGUACCUUGGCCUUGGUGCCCAUGGCAGCAGAACUUCCGCACCAGGUGCCGAGGCCACUGAAUUCGCCGAGGCUAUGGACCGGGUCCUUGGAGACGAGGGCAUUCGUACCAAGGUGGCUGCGAUUAAAGACUUGUGCCAGACCACCGAGGGCCGCAUUGUGGCGCAUGAUCGAAUUGUUGAAUUGGCGAAGCAAAAUACCCUUUAG